UUUCUUUUCUCUUUCUGUUAUCUUUUCUUUCAUUUCAAUCACACUAUCUGUUGGAACAACAGACAAAAAGAGAAUUCGUGAUCAUUGAUCUCAACACUCUUUUCUGUCGCUUUGACGAAACUCUACUACUUUUUCAUAAGCCACCGUUUUUAAUUGGUGUGAUUGAUUGAGGGUUGAAAGAGGAUGAAGAACUCUGCUUCAGAACAAGUAUUUUUCAUCGAGAGCGAUGAAGAAGGUGAAGAAAGGGAGUUGGGAAGAGAUGAAAUGGAUGGAAAUGAAUCCGAUUAUUCCAAUGACUCAAAUGAAGUACAGAGAAAGCCGAGUUCUUACAGCAUGGCUUGGCCUCAAAGUUACAGGCAAUCCAUUGAUCUGUAUGGUAGUGUGCCGUCGCCGAAUAUUGGAUUUCUCGGCACUUCGUCGCUCACAGGAUUAGGCAGUUCAUUUCUUGGUUCAUCCUUGACAAGGAGGCACACUGCUGAAAUUAUACCUCCACUGAAGAAGCCCCUGAUACAACCAAUAGAUGAACAGCAGCGAAAGAGCUCUAAAACAUUGAUUCAUCCUCACCCAUCUAGGAAGUCUUCAUGGAGGAAGGAUCCUUCAAAGAUUUCUCAUGAAGUUCAAAUUCCUAGCCAAUGCUCUUUUGGACAAGCUGUGCUUAAUGGCAUAAAUGCCCUUUGUGGUGUUGGAAUCCUUUCGGCCCCUUAUGCUCUUCAACAAGGUGGAUGGAGUGCACUUGCAAUCUUGCUGGUAUUUUCAGUAUUCUCCUUCUAUACUGGCAUGCUGUUGCGCUAUUGCUUGGAUAGUGAACCUGGACUUGAGACAUACCCUGACAUUGGCCAAGCAGCUUUUGGUACCACUGGACGUGUUAUAAUUUCGAUAAUAUUAUACAUGGAAUUAUAUGCAUGUUGCAUUGAAUACAUAAUUCUAGAAAGCGACAACUUAUCUUCGUUAUUUCCAAAUGCACACUUGAGUUUGGGUGGAAUUGAAUUGAAUGCACACAUUCUAUUUGCCCUGUUGACCACAUUGGCUAUUCUUCCCACCGUUUGGCUCCGGGACCUUCGCAUUCUAAGUUACAUAUCAGCUUGUGGAGUUGUUGCAACGAUUGCCGUGGUUCUGUCCUUGCUGUGGGUUGGCGUGGUAGACGAUCUUCCUAUGCAUACUAAAGGAACAACAACAAUUAAUAUUUCAACAUUCCCUGUUGCUAUUGGCCUCUAUGGUUACUGCUUCGCUGGACAUGCUGUCUUCCCCAACAUAUAUACAGCUAUGGCAAACCGAAAUCAAUUCCCUGCAGUGCUCUUGACAUGUUUUGCUAUUUGUACAACAAUGUAUUUCACAGUAGCUAUUAUGGGAUACUCACUGUUUGGAGAAAAUACACUGUCUCAGUAUACUCUUAACAUGCCCCGAGAAUUAGUUGCCUCCAAAAUUGCUCUGUGGACUACGGUGGUUAAUCCAUUUACCAAAUAUGCUUUGAGCCUAACUCCAGUAGCAAUGUCUGUGGAGGAAUUGAUACCACCAAAUAAUCCCCACUUUCAGUUAUACUCUAUGCUCAUCAGAACAGCGCUAGUGAUUUCUACACUGCUUGUUGGUCUUUCAGUUCCCUUUUUCGGUUUGGUGAUGUCAUUGAUUGGGUCUAUGCUCACAAUGUUUGUUUCUCUUAUUCUACCAUCUGCUUGCUUCCUAAGCAUCAGGCGUAACAGAAUCACGCGCUCUCAGGCAGCACUUUGUAUUGCAGUGAUUGUAGUAGGCCUUGUAGCAUCUGGUUUUGGAUCAUACUCAGCAAUCUCCGAAAUUAUUAAAGAAUUGUUUGCAUGAAGUUUUGCGGCUUGAACAUUGGAUUAUGACAUUUUUCUCCUUUUAUGUGGAUCAAAUCCAGUUCAAAAAAUAACUGUUUUAGUUAAUUUCAUUUCCCACCUCAAAUUUUGAGUUUAUUUUAGAGGUCAAAUAUUUUUUGUUUAGAGUUGGAGAAGUAUUAUGAUUUCUAGUGACCAUUUCAAGUGGCCACUAACCAUUCAGAAUUGUGGAUUAGUAAUUGAUAAAUGCAUUGUGCAUUUGAAUCACAUUUUUGUUUA